GGCGUCGAGACGGGUGUUGUUUAUUAAGCUUAUUGUGAGAAGAAAAAAACGUAAGAAAGUUGAUAUGAUUUAGCUACGUUAGUAGCCAAGUCGUAUUCAAAUCUGCUAACGAGCGAGGUGUAAAGAAUUUAGGGACGUAACAAUUUAUGAGACCAGGAAAAGAACUCUAAAGGCUCGUUUCUCCGAAUGUCCUGCGUUAAAUCAAGUAACAGCAACAUGUUGUGCGAUUUGUGCAACGAGAAAGCAGUGACGAGAUGUCCACAUUGUAAAAUUGCUCAGUAUUGUGGCCCGGAACAUCGAAAGAGCGACUUGAAACUUCAUAAGAAAAGGUGUAUGGGAUUGCCUUCAGUGGAACAGGAACGACAAUUUAGGGAAACUAAAUUAAAUGGUUACACUCAGAUAGACUUACUUCAAAACAGGUUUUACGAGCGAGCGAAAUAUGUCGUGGAUACAUUGAGAAAACAAGGUUACUGUUAUCUAGACGAUUUUCAUGGCGAAGUCACUGCUCUUUCAAUCCUCAGCGAAGUUAAGAACUUACAUCAAAGGGAGAAGUUUACAGACGGAGAAUUAGUUUCUUCGAAUGGCAAUGGUAGUAUGUUGAACAAGAAAAUACGAGACGAUAAGAUAGCUUGGAUAGAUGGCAAAGAAGAAAACUGCCAAACCAUUUCGCAUCAUAUGACAACGGUGAACACUUUGAUAAGAUACUGCAAUGGACUUAUUGAUGAAUACGACAUAGAACAUAGGACAAAGCAGGCAAUGGUGGCAUGCUAUCCUGGUCAAGGUACAUGUUACAAAAGACAUGUAGACAACCCAAAUAAAGAUGGACGCUGUAUAACAACACUCUACUACUUAAACCCAGGAUGGACAGAGGAGAAAGGAGGUAUGCUAAAACUUUAUCCGGGAGGCAGUGAAGAGGCAGUGAAAAUUUUACCCAGGCUAGACAGGUUACUCCUGUUUUGGUCAGAUCGGAGAAAUCCACAUGAAGUGGAACCUUCUCAUGAUGUGAGAUAUGCUAUUACACUUUGGUACUUUGAUAAAAAUGAAAGAGCCAGGUUUAGAAAAAAACAAGAAGAGGAUGAAAGGAAAAAAGCAAUUCUUAGCCAACAGGAAAAUGGUAGCAAAGAUGGAAAAAAAGAUCUGGAAACUGCUGGAAGUAGUUGAGAUGUACAUACUGUUAACUUGUGGCAAGAAUUCUCAAUUGUAAUGACUGAACCCUCGCAGUUUGGAUCACAAAAUACUUUGAAGACUGGUGCUUCAUUAUCACCCAGUGAUGCUUAGAAGAUUUGCUUUGUGUACUUCAUUAUGCCAAAAUUAAAUAAGUGAUAGAAAAAAAGAAGAAAGUAUAAUUACUGACAACUUUAUUUACUGUGCAUUAAUAAGCUGUUUCAGGCAUUCAGUUAAUAAAACUGAGCAAAAUAGUAAAUGGCGCAAUGGUUGCAGCUAAGCAAAAAUGAUGGAGGUUUGGAUUGUUCAUUAUGCAACUCAACCCAAACUUCCCUGUUUUUUCUUUCUUUUCACUCCUCUGCUGCUAUUGUGCUGUUAACUAUCAAACUUUGUUUUAUGAACUGAACUGUCUGCCUAAAACAGAUUAGUGCAUCAAAAAAAAUCUACCUCAAACAGCACUGAAUGUUGUAUAAAUAUGGUAAUGUAUAACUGUCUUAAGGUGGCUCUGAAAUGAGCUUUGAGAAGAAAUGUAAAUGCUAGACAUACAAAACAGCAGGGAAGAAAACAUUGUUUUUGUGUUGAACACGGAUGACUUCUUAUUGUGAUCUUUUUGCUUGCACUUUACAUAGGAAGUCAAUUUCAGAGGCACCUUACAUUUUUGAAAUCCUAUACUUUUAAAUGUUGAUAUCUGGUGACAGAAUGCUUGUUUCUGUGUGUGCAAAAUUAUGUAUAACAGCUGUAUCAGAAUAGAAUAUGGCAAAUGUCUUGACUUGUAACUAUCUGAAAAGAUUUCAGUGCAAUUGUUGCAGUUUUGAAGAUUGGAAUUCUUUUAUUAAUUAAGCUUUGAGGAAACUGCUUUCUCAUAACUUAAUUUGUGCAGAGGCAAAAUUCUUAAAUCCUACUAUUUCAUCUAACAAGGUUAUUAAAUAGUUUUCACAGAGAAGAGGGGACUGGCUUUACAUAUCAUUAAUGUUAUUAAUGACAUGAAAAUGCGUAAACUUGUCACAAAAUAGAAACUUUUUAAGGGUACGGAUAGCUACUUUGAAGUGAUUACGUUGCAUUUGAUGAGUCUGACUCAGUAUAAGGAUUCUUUUUUUUGCAUGAUGACUCCUUUUGUCAUUUUGAAGAAAACAAUUUCAGCGUUAAUUGACAGCUAAAUUCCUUUGAUAGUAGAAUAUCAUACACAACCAGAUAGAUGCCUUGUGCAUUUUUUACCAGUCUGUGGAACACACAACAUUCCUUUGUGUUUACCACCUAAUUCCAAACUUUUCAGUUGACAACAGAAGUUACAAAUAGAUAGCAUUACUAUUGGCAAUUUAACUAUGAGGCCCAAGAAAAACGUCACAAUUUUAAAAACAUGCAGUCAUGUUCUUGAUCUAUAUCAGCAUGGUUAUCCUUCACUGUUCUCACACUGUGUAACAGAAAAUGAAAUGGCCAAGGAGGUUUGACUGUAAGUUAGUACUUGCCUAACAAAGAUUCAUGUUUAGAUAAAUAUUGGGAUAGAUUGACUGAAUUUCAGUUUAUGGCGUAGUUACCAAAUGAAAAUAACCCUUGACACUAUAUUAUUAUUAAACAUUCCCUAAUGUGCUUAAAGUAAGGAAGAAUAUGUUGGUUGGAAUCCAAAGAGAGCAAAAUUUAUUGCUUUGAAAAAUGGAACUUGAAAUGUGGAUAUGGGCACCUAUGUAUUGCUUCUGGAUUUUCCUGCUGUCCUGUCAAAAAAUAAAAAUUACAUCAAAAAAUUAUUAAAUAAAUGUACUUUGAAACUAGCA